AUGUCGAAGAUCGACAAGCUUUCCAUCUCGGGCGUGCGCUCCUUCAGCCCUGCCGUCCGAGAGGCCAUCCAGUUCAACACCCCACUGACACUGAUCGUGGGAUACAACGGCUCCGGAAAGACUACCAUUAUCGAGUGUCUCAAGUAUGCUACCACCGGUGAAUUGCCGCCCAACAGCAAGGGCGGCGCUUUCAUCCAUGAUCCCAAGCUAUGUGGUGAAAAAGAGGUCAUGGCCCAGGUGAAGCUGCAGUUCCGAUCGAUCAACGACCGUCAACAUGUCGCAACCCGAAGUAUACAACUCACUGUCAAGAAAACCACCCGCUCACAGAAGACCCUUGACUGCUCCCUCGUUGUGGUCAACAAUGGGGAACGAACAACUACAUCGACCCGUACGGCCCAGCUGGAUGAGAUGAUUCCCGAGCGACUUGGUGUUUCACCUGCGAUCCUUGACGCCGUCAUAUUCUGUCACCAAGACGAGUCCCUUUGGCCGCUGAGCGAACCUGCCGCACUGAAGAAGCGCUUCGAUGAAAUUUUUGAGGCCAUGAAAUACACCAAGGCCAUCGACAACCUUAAGGUGCUCAGGAAGAAGCAGGUCGAGCAAUUGGGCAAACUCCAAAACGACGAAGCCCACAACAAAGUGAACAAGGACCGAGGUGACCGAGCCGAAAAGAGAAUGAACGCGUUGCAGGAGGAUAUUGAGGGAGCCAGGGCCAAGUGCGAGUCCAUCAGCACUGAGAUGGACAACACCCAGGAAAUAAUCCGGGAAAUCCGAGAGACAGCCAACAGCCAUCUUGCAAUCGUUCAAAACCUCAACACAAAGCGCGAGCAACUCGAGUACCGUGAAGAGGCCGUCAAGGAGCUGAAGGCUACGAUAGAUGAACUUCCAGAGGAUGACUCUCGGCUGGAAAGCGACCUUGCCCACUAUGAAGACCGCAUGCAGCAUCUCCAAGAAGAAGCUGACCAAAACAAAACCCAGUACAACGAGUUGCAAAACGAGCUGGCGCGUUCACGGAAAGACCUGUCCACCAAACUCUCUGAGCAAGGAAAGCAUCAGUCCGACAAGGACAAGUAUGAGCGCCAAAUCAAGACCCGCAUGGAAAUGAUCCAGGAAACUGCCCAGACAUAUGGCUUCUCUGGAUUUGAUGGUGAUUUGUCCGAUCACCAAGUGAAGUCUUUCAAUGACCGACUUCAGAAGCUCCUCAAUGAGAAGAAGCGAGAUUUGGAACGCCUCCAAAAGGAAAACUCAGUUGAGCUGGAUCGAGCUACUGGUGUCAUUACUGAGCUGGAGGGUCGCAAGGCCGCCCGAACGCAGGAUCGUGUAUCUGCUAAACAGCGGAUGACUACCAUCGAGAAACGCACAGCCGUGCUCCACAACGAGUCGGGUCUGAUUGAUGUGGAUGAGGGUGCCAAGGCUAUCCUGGAUGGGCAGAUGCAAGACCUCGACAGCAGGUUCCAGACAUCUCAGAAGGCCUUUGAGAACGCAGACUGGGAUAAUCAACUAUCGAGCGAAAAUGACAAGCUUCAUCAACUCGAGAAUGAAAGCGACAAGCUGGGCAGAGAGCUGGUCGAGUGUACUCGUCUCGCCUCAGAGAGAGCUCAACUCGACUACAGGAAAAAGGAACUUGCUGAUCGCAAACGCAAGCUUGAUACUCUGACAAGCACCUGGAAGGCAAAGCUGGAUAAGAUCAUUGGUAGCGAUUGGGAGCCAGAAUCGCUUGAUACCAAAUUCCAGUCGGUUGUCAAGGAUCAGAACAGGGUUGUAAUGGACGCUCAGAAGCGUCGCGACCAGACACGCCAGAAGCAACAGAAAGUGGAGUUCAGAAUGAGAACGGCGAAGGAAUCUCUUGACAGGAAGUCAAAGGAGGCCACGACCUGUCAGCAACAGGUCGUCGAUGCUCUCCAGACGGUUCGAGACAAUGCGAUUGUCGAGGACUACACUGAGGAGGUUGAGACAGUAGAGCAGCAGGUGGAAGAGCUGAGGAAUGACCUGAGUCUCUUUGACGCUCUUGUGGAUUACUACAACAAGUGCAAGCGCAUGCUUGACUCGAAACGAAAGUGCUUGCUCUGCGAGCGUCACUUUGAUGACAACCAAGCCGCAAGCUUGGAGCGUUUGAGCAAGAAGAUUGAGAAGAAUCUCGACCCCAAGGGCAAAGUCGACACUGAAAAGGACCUCAAGGAAACAGUGGCGAGCCUUGAAAAGUUGCGGUCGGUACGAUCAGCUUACGACACCUAUGAACGGUUGUCAGCUGAGCUCCCGCCCCUUCGCGACGAAUGCAAGGCCGUAGAGGCCGAGUUUGACACUCUGGAGAGACAACUCGAAGAGCAAGCAUCGGUCGUGUCAGCCGAGGAAGAGAAGCAGAAAGACUUGGAAGACAUGUCCAAGACUGUCAUGAACAUUACUCAGACUGUCAAGGAUAUUGGAGAGUCAGAGACUCAGGUUGAUCGCAUCAUGUCUCAGCAGAUGUCGGGCGGUGCAACUCGAAGCCCUGACGAGAUCCACGAGCUUCAGGCUGGCGUGUCUGAGCAGAUGAGAAGCCUGAAGAACCGCAUCUCCAAGUUGACCACUGACCGUCAGCGCAUGAAAGAUCAGCUGAGCGCGCUUGAGCUCGAGAAGAGUGAACUGAGAAACAAGAUCAGCCGCGCAGCUGGGCAACUGGACAAGAAGAAGGAUUUGCAAAACCAGAUCCAGGCUUUGAAGGAGGAGCUCUCUCACCAGCGAGAGGUGAUUCAACGCGCCGAUGAGGAAUUGGAGAGCAUUGAACCUAGCAUCAACGAGGCAAGGUCCGCCCGGGACGAUGUACUUCGCCGUGGUCGAUCGAAGGAGCAAGUCAUUGCCGAUGCCCGUGACAACGUUGCCAAUUCCGUCAGCGAGAUGAAGAUGAUGGACACGGACAUCCAAGACUACAUCGACCGAGGUGGCCCCUCCAAUCUUGCAUCCAAUCAGCGUGCCAUUGCCACGCUUGAAAAGACGAUUGCGAACACUGAAAAGGAGGUGACAGACCUCACAGUCCGUACAAACAAGCUGAAGCAAGACAUUGAUAACGGAGACCGAAAGAAGAAGAACAUCAGGGAUAACCUCAACUACCGCAAGAAUCUUCGCACAGUUGAAGUCAUCCGCGGGGAGAUAUCUGAGCUCGAAGACCGCAACGCAGACGAAGACUAUGAACGUCUCCAGGCUGAGGCUCGUGCGCACGAGGACCACUACAACCGCCUUCUUGCGGAGCGCGGCUCUGUCAUGGGAGCCAUGAAGACCAAGGACGAGGAGCUCGGAAGACUGCUUCAGGAAUGGGAGAUGGACUACAAGGAUGCCAAGAGAAAGUACCGCGAGUCACACAUUCGCGUGGAGACUACCAGGGCUGCGAUUGAAGAUCUUGCGCAGUGCAGUUCGGCCGUUGACAAGGCGGUCAUGCAGUUCCACUCGAUGAAGAUGUCUGAAGUGAACCGCAUCGCAGGCGAGUUGUGGCAGAGCACAUACCAAGGUACCGACAUCGACACAAUUCUGAUUCGUUCAGACAACGAGUCAAGCACAGGCAAGCGCAACUACAACUACCGACUUUGCAUGGUCAAGCAAGAUACCGAAAUGGACAUGCGUGGCCGAUGCUCGGCUGGUCAAAAGGUUCUCGCAUCCAUCAUCAUCCGUCUGGCGUUGGCCGAGUCGUUCGGUGUCAACUGUGGUCUCAUCGCGCUCGAUGAGCCUACGACCAACCUGGACCGCGACAACAUCAAGAGUCUGGCAGAGAGUCUGCACAUGAUCAUCAAAGCUCGCCAGGCCCAGAGCAACUUCCAGCUCAUCGUUAUCACACACGACGAGGAGUUUUUGCGGCAUAUGAGAUGCAGCGAUUUCUGCGACAGUUUCUUCCGUGUCAAACGUGACGAGCGACAGAACAGUGUCAUCUCCAGAGAGAGUAUCACCAAGAUUUUCUAA